AUGCUGCUGGUCCGCCAUUUCAUGUGUGCAUUCACUAUUCCAUGGCUUUUGUCCACCAUGUUUCUACUCAAGCCCUGUAUACCAACCAGGCUUCAUGCCAAAGUUCAUAUGCAAGUUCGUAUCCAAGUUCAUAUCAGUCAGCAUAUUGAGAUGAAGGGGAGAGGUAUUUUUGAUUUACGGUGGGUACCACCUGAAGCGAAUGCUGAUCGGAAAAGUGGCCGAAAAGGGGUGAUAUCGACUACUCCGCUGGUUGAAGGAGGAAAGAACCCGUCCAAGAUGGGUGCAAUGUUGAAGCUCAUCAUCGUCUAUCUGGUUGAGGCUAGAGACUUAGAUGAAAAUAUUGGAUAUGAAGGAAUAUGA